UAGUAUUAUAUUUACUUUUGCUCGCUCCUAGAAACUUGGAAAGGCGACUGGCGUCCCUCGCCUCGCUCUUUUUACAGCUAUUAAGCUUUUAUGGUCAUAAUCUCUGUUUUGCGGAACAGAUGUACCCGUCCGCCGUGAAUGCAUAUAUUUUGCCCAGGAAUUUCACUCUCUUAUCACUUUUUGCGGCUGUUUUUGUCCUUAUCAGUAGACUGAUAGGAGAGUAUUAGGCAGCGUAUCGAACUCAUUAGUAUGGGUGUGAUGAGCCGACGGUGCAAUGGCUGCUUUUCAACUUUCCCGCAUGAAAGAGAAUUUGCACAACCGCCUGUGUGGCGUCUUACAAGGCACUGUUUGGAUGCGGAAAAGCCUCAAGGUGAAGAACCGUGGCUCCGGCGCGAGCGACCUUGUCUCCAACCUGCUGCACAUCUACGAUGCCGCCCUGGCCGGCGAGGAGCGCAAAGCCGACAUCGCCGCAGCGGCUGCGGCGGCAGCUGCGGCUCCUCCCGUGCGGCCCUCGGUUCCGCCCCCGCCGCCACCCCCGAUGAUGCGCGGCCCUGCGGCCAAUACGGCCCCCGGCAAGCCUACACGGCCUCUAUCGGCCGCCUCCACCUGCUCCAGUUCCUCAAGUUCGGGCGAAAACUGUGCCCCAUCCACCGCCUCCUAUCUCGCCUCCACUGAGUCACUGGAGGCGGCCAGCUCCGAUGAAGAAGACUCGGAGAGCUCACAAUGCUUGGCUGCUCGAAGACGAGAACGGCUGGGUCAAGCGCUGCGAGAAGGACAGGCUCUCCUAAAUCGCCAAUCAGGAAGUUCAGCCGGCUCGGCAGACAGCGGCGUAGGCGGGUGCACGCUGAUCAUUUCUGCCCCGCAACCUCCGCCCGUCCGCCCCCGGUACUGCAGCGAACCCCACCUGAGCCCCGUGGAGCGAGUGCUGCUCGAGAUCACCGAGACCGAAGCCGUCUACGUUCGUGAUCUUGAAGAGGUUGUUGAGGGCUACCUGUACAACUGGCGCGAGAGUGCAGAGUGUCCCGUCGCGCCGCAGCAAUUAGCAGAUCUCUUUAGCAACAUGGAAUUGAUCCUUGGUUUCAAUAGAGGAUUUUUGAGAGAUUUGGACGCGUGCAACCUGGAUGCAGUCAAAGUAGCUCAGUGCUUCGUCACGCACAACUCUGGCUUCCGCAUUUACACAGAGUAUUGCACCAGUUACCCAAAGACCGUCAGCGUUUUGACGGAGCUGAUGCAGAACGAGGAGACGGUGAGCCUGUGCCGGGAGCGUCAGGCGGCACUGCACCACUCGCUGCCGCUGGGCUCGUACCUGCUAAAACCAGUACAAAGGGUGCUUAAGUACCACCUGCUGCUGCAAAGUCUGAUGAAGCAGUUCCCAGCCGAGGCGGCAGGCCGGUCGGCCGUUGAGGAGGCGCUUGAGGCCAUGACUGGCCUUGCGCAGCACAUCAACGAGAUGAAGCGCAGACACGAGCACGCCGUCAGGGUGCAGGAAAUCCAAAGCCUCCUCCACGACUGGCAGGGAGCUGAUCUCACAACCUUUGGAGAACUCUGCGCCGAGGGUAAUUUUCGGAUUUGUGGUGCGAAAGCUCUGCGCCACGCGUUCCUCUUCGACAAAAUGCUGCUCAUCGCCAAACGCACAGGAGAUCAUCUCACCUGUAAAACACAUAUCGAGUGUUCGAAUUUGAUGCUGAUCGAGAGCAUUCCUGGCGAGCCAUUGAACUUUCAUGUGAUUCCCUUUGAUAAUCCGAGAAUGCAGUACACCUUCCAGGCUCGAAGUUUGGAGCAGAAGAGAGAGUGGACGCAGCAGCUGAAAAGAGUCAUUCUUGAAAAUUACAGCGUGGCCAUUCCUAAUCACGCUCGACAGCUGGUCAUGCAGCUUGGCCAAGGGCGAACUGAAGACGAGUUGUUGGCGGAGCGUUCGGUGCCGCGACGUCAGCACUCGGCGCCGCAGUACCUGCAGAAGCGGCACCAAGAGCGGCGCCGCUCGGAGACAGGCCUACUGCCAUCGCGCCUGCGUCGUUCGCGCCGCUCAGACGUCGGUGUCGCAAACCAAGAGGGUGGCAGCCCACGCAACAAGCGCAGCUCAAGCGCCAGCCGCGACCCCGAGGGCUGUAGCAGCGUAUCGCCAGGCGGCGGCGUCGGCAGCGGCGCUGAGAAGCUUAAGGACCGCUUCUACAACUGGCACCGCAAGUCGGAGCCUUACUGCAGCCUCACGCUGCCCUCCAAGUUGUCGCAGCUCUUUUCCAGCCUGGAACGCAGAAACUCCACCUGCAGACAGCUCGACCGGCCUACCCAGCCGUGCAACGAGACUUCAUGCUCCGAACAGCAGGAACAUGAGGAGGAAGAGGAGGAGGAAGAAGAGGAGGAGAGAGAGGCUCCAGCCGGAACCUCGAAUCGGCAGGCCAGUUUAGAAGAAAUAGUUGGCGAGAUCGUGAUGCAGAACGUGCGUUCAGUGAAACGGUCGAGGUCAUUGGGCAGGCCCAGGGACCCGCUCGUGUCGGCAGCGGCGCCGACCGCCGACAGCAGCUCGGACUGCGAGCAAAAGUCGCCGCGGCAACAACACAGGGCUCAGCGUUUGGCCAGAAUGUGUGCCCUCCGCACGCAACAGGAAACUCUGCAGCAGGCUGGUGGUCUGAGCCGGCAGAUGAGCUUCCUGCAGCAGUGGCAACAACGGCAGCACCAGCAUCGGCAGGAAGAUAAGCCACGCGUGCCACCGCCGCCGCCUCCAACUAGUCUGCAAGUGGAAGAAGCGGUGGCAGAGACGCCGACCCGGUCGGUGUCAAGCACGUCACUGUCAUCACCAGGGGUGGGUGGGGGCGGGAAGCGUUCACCGGGGACACCCACGCGCUCGCCCUCCUUCCUCGGGGUGCUGGCGUCGUUUGGCUCACGGCUGAUGGCCAACAGCUGUGAGUCGCUGACCGAGUCUCCUCCCCCGCCGCCCCCGGGGGCAGCGGAGCAGCCGAAGCCGCCGAUGCUGAAGCAGGGGAGCCGCGGGCUGGGAGCCCGCAUCGCCAUGAACACCGUCUCCGACUACGCCGACCCGGCCACGCUCGGCAUCGGCGCCACACGCGGCGCUGCAGAAGACGACGACGACUCCUUCUACGAGGACAACCUGUCCGCCGUGCUGGACCAGGAGGAGUUCUACCGCGACAGUGCCAUCUUCAGCGACGACCACGACGAGCCCGUCGCCACUGCCACCACGCCGGCGCCGCCGAGAAAGGUGCCACCGCCGGUGCCGGCCAAGCCGCCCAGGCUGCUGAUUGCCAAACCGCCGGCGCCAUCUGAAUGCGGUGCCCCCGCCGAGACCCAGCCCAAACCCAAGGGCUGGGUCAAGCAGAUGGUCGGAAGGAUCCAGGCCGGCGCCGAGUCUUGAUGUCCACAGUCACUAAUAAUUUAUUGCCUUCAAAACUAGCAGCGUAUUCCGGAAACAACCCAACCAACCAAAUGCUAAAAUUGAAAAAUAAUUUUUUGCAUCAUAUGUGUGCACUUUUAUGAAUAAACCUGAAUCAUUUUUUUUACAACUCAUAAUGAUUUUUGUAAUUUAGAUACCUCUUCACUAGACCAAUUGAUUGAUGGGUCAUUUUUGACUCUCUGAAAAAAAAUUGAUUUUGUUUAAAUUCGGCUCACUUGUCUUAUAAAAAAUAACUAAAAUUUGAUAUUAAAAAAUCACACAAUCCUAAAUCUUAUAAUUCUGCAUUGAAAUAAUUUUUUUCGUCAGUUAAAAAUUAUUUAUAUAGUAACAUUUUUUAAUAAUUUACUCUAUUUUCUCAAACUUAAAAAUUUGUAUUAUUAUCCAUUGCUGAUUAUAAACCAUAUUCCCAACCAAUUAAAAGGAUUUUUCACACAGAAGGUAACCAAUAAAAAAAUUCAAAAAAAAAAAAUAUCAAUCGAUUGGUCUCUUUGUGGGGAGUCUUUUUACCAAAUAUCAUCUCGUUUGGAAAAUUUUCCCAUUUUUAAAACAAAAAUUUAAAUAAUUUCCUGUAGCUCACCGAUUUUCUACUAAUUUCAUGCUAGCCAAACGCAUGCGAGUGGUAGUUUUGUGUCCAUUUGCGCAAAGUAUAUUUAGGUGUAUUUUGGGGGCAGCCAAUUAGUAGCGACAAAAGCGGAGAAAGUGCGCUGUUUGCCUCUGUCGCUGCGAGUGGAGGGAGACAAGAGCAUGUUCAUUCACCCGCUCGCUCCCCCUCCACUGCCCACUUCGCUUGCAAACAGCACCACGAUGGCAGGGGAAUCCCCACUUCUCCGAGAUAAACAACUGGCUAAAGAAAUUACGGUCAGUCACCGCCGUGUCUAAGCAAAAAUUUCUCCUGCCCUGCGCUUGAUUUCAUGACAUUCUACGCAUAUGAUGAAAAAGUUGUUUUCUUUGAAAAGAAAGUCAUUGAAAUUUAACUCUUUCAAGCAAUUAUUCCCAAACUCAUGAGGUCUCAAAUUUUCAUGUGCAAUACAAAAUCAAAAUUAUGUUCUCAAACAUUUGUAUUACUUUGCCCGAUUUAAUUGUUAUUUGUUAAAUCUCGCCUUUGUUUGUAUUUUUCAGGCUGUGAAAUUAUAAUUCGUCUGUCUAAUUUAAUUUUGUCUGAGAAAUACGCUCCACUUCCUUCUCAACUAUCCCUUUUGCCAAAGUCUGCUCGCGAGAUUGAUCGAGUUUUGUUUCAUUCCAGCAGUGUUCUCUCUCUCCCCGACAAUAAUAAUUGUGCACAAACAUUACUUUUUAACGUAAGAGUGCGUUAGACUUUGAACCAGUAGUGCUUUAUAAUAGUCUCAUCCUUGGAGACGCCUUGAAAAUUUUAGGAUUUCUCUCGUCAAGACUGUCUUAAAACAUUGUUGUGCAAACCCCAAUUUCUGAUGCGAAUGAAAAUAGAAUAUUUUUACCUUUUGCCACAAAGUGCUGAUAACUAAUAUGUAUUAUAUAUAUUUGUUUGUGUAAAUAUCAGAAAAUGUGGAAUCCUACUACUUGGUUUAAUAUGAAUAAAGAUGUAAUGCUUCUUGAAUGAUA